AUGCGGAGCCGUAGCGAAUGGUUUUUGUCACCCACGAUACCGUCGAAAUCAAGCUCUCAUCCGGGGGACUGUGAUUUAUUCACGUUGAAAGCACUGCCUGCUUCUUUUUCGUUCACAGCAGAGGAUGAUAAGAAGCUCAGUGAUACGUCAGACACCAUCCCACUGCUUUCGAAGAAAUCUUUCAAGAUCCUAUCACACAUUGAGCGGCUGAACCUGCAAGCUAAAAAGAUGCGGCAGCCUUUUUCUGAGCAUCUUGAUUCUCCGGAGCCUCCAGUUUUGCCAAGCCAGCGGGUCAGCGGCAAGACAAUGUACUCGCGUUCGUUGGCUCAUAGCAUUGGUGGAGAAACCUGGGUGAUGGAGGUUAUAUCUGAUGAGAUAUGGAAGAAGAAGAGAAGUGUCAAGAAAAAACAUUGA